UACAAAAUUGGCUUGCUAAAGCCGUUCGUGUUGCUAAAUGCUCUGAUAAGACUAAAAGUGUGGAUAAAUUUGACAGGAUUGUAUGGGAUAAAUUUGUUUACAGACAAUCUUACUGGAAUUUUGUAACAUGUGUAUUUAGAAUUGUGUUGGGUAUUGUUAUAUUGACCUUCAUUGGAGGACCUCUCACAACAAGUAUCCUACAGUUAUCAUAUGCCAUGAGUGUGCCUUCUUUCUCCAUCUCAUUUGUCAUAGUGCCAUUGGCAAUGAAUGCAAGAAUCUUAAUAGAAGCUAUCUUUCCAGUCAGUAAAAAGACUGAAAAAACUGCAUCUUUAACAUUCUCUGAGAUUUAUAGUAGCGUCGUAAUGAACAACAUCUCAGGUUUGACAACACUAUUAGCAGUUGUAUACGCCAAGGACUUGCCAUGGGAUUAUUCUGCAGAAGUGCUAACUAUUUUGGUUGUCUGUGCUAUAGUAGGGAUUUUGGGAGUCUCACGUACCGAAUAUCCUUUUUGGACUUGCUUAUUAGCAUUUUUCCUCUAUCCAUUCUCCUUGGGGCUUUAUUGUUUUGUUGUACUUGUUCUUCACUGGAAUUAACCUGAUCAUGUUUCUUGGGUAUUUUACUCUUUUCUGCCGAAAUAAAGAUGAUAUGUUCAGGAAAGAAAUAAAAGAGAUAUUAUUGUCUACAAGCA